GUUUUAGUAACAAUGAGAACGGCAUUUCAGAAUUAACACCUGGCAAUUUCAAAUGGCAUGUUCGAGGAAAUGCACAUAAAUAAAUUCAAGCGCUGGAAAUUAUCACAUUGAGAGGCUUUGGAAACGGAUCAUUCAUUCGACAAACACUGCUUGUCGGUAAAAGAAUGAGGCAAAAACCAAAAUGUUGGAAAUGCCAUCCGCAUAUGCUUAUAAAUUGCACAUGCCUCAACUGCUUAAUGAUAACUAGAGGUAAAGUAACCUAUUUGCUGGAAACCCGCUAAGAUAGCUUUUUUGUAUUCAAUCAAUCGAUGCAAAAGCUGACAAAGGCAUGUGUGACCCGCAACUUGCAUUAUUAUCGGAGGCAAAUUUGCCUUUAAGUGGUAAUCAGUUCAUUUAUAUGUGCACUAACUGAAUAAAAGAAAUCUCGAUAACUAUGCACAGUAUUAUAGCAAUUGAUUUUGCAUCUACAAGACUUAAAAGAUAGGCUAUUCACCAAAAACUUCAAAGUUAUCGUUUUAUUUGUGCUUUAAAAUACAGAGAAGCCAAUGCUACUUUUAAGUAUGUUUCCAGAGUCGGGCUGUCGCACUUGUAGGCAUCUUGCAAUUACAAUAGCAUGUAUAACGACAUUUUUGGCGCAAUGUAGUCCUCAAAUUUCUGCAAACAACUAUAGCUAUGCGUCGCUUCCCGCUAACGAGUGGGUAUGCGAAGCUACAUCGAGAACAUACGCCAGACUGGUGUGUCGUUUGGACUGGACAUGUCAACUGUCGCCAUAUCGCGACUGCUGUCAGGACCUCGAAGGGCAAAAUGACACUGAAAUGCUACUGGAUAGCCAUCGCUCGUUAUUGACAGAGCGGGUGACAGCAGAUUGGAAAACGGACGUGACGCCAUUGGUGACAAAGGGUUUGGACCCCCGGUUAGAAACUGUCCCGACACCAUCAGGGGAUGAUGUAAUCAGACAAACCGCGUACCUUUCUCGUUGCAUCCCCACUCGAAGAAAAAAGGCAGGGAGAAUUGAGCGCUGGGAUCAAAAGAAGGCGUGGCACAUAAAUCGUUGUAUGAACGAGACUCACAAAUUUCAUGAACACUGUACGAUGUUACCUGCUGUCAAUGCGCCUUGGUCGAUUUUACCCGUGUCACAUAAACCGACGGGGUUGACAUACUCAAAUAUAUAUUGCGGCCUUUGCAAUGGACGGACAAUACAAGAACUAUCAGUAUGGUCCCCCUUCGUCCACUGCCAAGGGUCGCCGUCAGAUUUUCUCUCGGGGCAGUCUCUUGAUACUCUUGCAAACGUCUGGAACUCGUCAGUUUGCUCUGUUCGCUUCAGAGAAGAAAACGCCCUGUGGCUGAGGCAGUGUUGGGAUAAGGAAGAUUUCACAAGCACGUGUGUUGACCAGGAGUUGGAAUCAGUGUGCAGUAUUUUGGAGUCCGACGAUGGUGAUACGUUCAGUAAAAUGGCAAUGUCCCGUCCUGUGGAAAUCGCGACAUAUUUUCCUUCUGCGUUAAUGAGAACGUAUCUUGAUCCCCGCUGCCUGGUUUGCGAAGAGAAUAUCAGUAUGACAUUCGUUUUCUACGGCUGUUCCGCACCAGACAUCCACGAAACCAAUGAGAGCACGAAGGGCAACUUGGAAUUUUCGGCCUCUUUGACUGUGACUAUGGGUGAACUCAUGGGAUUGGUGGCAAUGGGCAAAUACAACAAUACAUCCUGCAAGGAUGUGUACGAUAAAAAUAACAAGACAUUUCAGACCCAAUGCGAUGACAUGAAGUGCUCCAAUGGCAGUAAUGCAGCUAUGAACACUUGCCACCAAGUAUUUCACGACUUCACAGCUAUAACAAUUUGGAAAGUCCUGACGCUGCAGAUCUAUGGAGACUGUUCUAACAAGUCGGAAAAUGUGGUACAUAAUAAACUACCCGCUGUACUGAACGACAACAUGGAGAAUGCCAAAGAUACACAUCCAGGGAAAUCUCAAUUUGUCAAGGCUCAGUGCAUAAAAAGAUGGAGAAGAUGAACCAAAAAUGU